AUGUCCCUUCAGCCACCCUCUCCCAACCGUUCACCCUCACUCACCUCUCUCUCCGACGACGAGGAAGACGACAUCCCCGACCUCAGGCUGGCCCACUCCAACCCUCCAACACCACCGUGGAAUACCUCUAUUGUGCCGCCCGCCAACGACCUCCCACACGAGCUCAUCAUCCAUAUCCUCAAGUUCCUACCUUCCCACACCGACCUACACGCCGCCCUCCUCGUCUCCCGCUCAUGGUGCCAAUGCUCAGUAGAACUGCUAUGGCACAGACCAGCGCUGACAAAGGUGUCCUCACUCUUCAAGCUCAUCACCGUCCUCUCCGCUACACGCCCCGGCUCACCCCCACAGCGGCCACUGACAUUCCCCUACCACACCUUCCUGCGGCGUAUCAACUUUGCUCUCCUAGGACCAGAUUGUACAGACACCAUCUUCUCCCGCCUCUCCCGCUGUACGCGACUCGAACGGCUCACCCUAGCCAACUGCACUUCCCUCACCGCGACCGUCCUAGGACUCGUCAUCUCCCAACUGAGGAACCUCAUCGCUCUCGAUCUUACAAACGUGUCCAACAUCGAUGACGCUGCUAUUGAAGCCAUCGCUCCCGCAUGCACGAAAGUGCAGGGGCUCAACCUCAGUGGAUGCACAAAGCUCACAGACGACGCCAUCCUCGCCAUCGCAGCGCACAUGCAUUCCCUACGGCGGGUCAAGCUCGGCGGUCUGAUAGAAGUACAGGACCGCGCGUUCGCAGCGCUCGUCGCUGCUUCUCCCUUGCUGAUAGAAUUCGACCUGAACGGCUGUGUCGGAGUGCAGGACGCGACUCCGCGCGCGCUCUUCCUCCAUUCUGUCCAGCUCCGUGAGCUGAGGUUGGGCGGCUGCCUACAAAUCUCCGACACUGGUUUCCCUCUCCCUCCCCUGCCGCACCCCGCCCCGCUGGCAUUCUCCUGGUCCCAAGCGCUUAACGCAGCGCAGUACUUCCUCCCCCAAGGCGUGGCAUUCGACCAUCUCCGCACAGUGGACCUCACUUCCUGUACAGGGAUAACCGACACCGCGCUCGACCGACUCACCUCCAACAGCCUGCGCAUCCGUUCCCUCGUCCUAGCCAAAUGCGUCAGCCUGACAGAAGACUGCAUCCAGCCCAUCACCCGACUGGGAAAGCAUCUCCACUACCUCCACAUGGGGCAUGUCGUCCACCUCACCGACCGGAGUAUCCGCACGCUGGCCGCUUCCUGCACACGGCUGCGGUACAUCGACCUAGCCUGCUGUACCCAGCUGACAGACAUGAGCGUCUUCGAGCUCGCUGCUCUGCCCAAACUGCGGCGCGUUGGCCUGGUUCGCGUAACGAAUUUGACGGAUAACGCCCUCUUCGCCUUGAGCGACAGGCAUCAUACGCUCGAGCGCAUCCAUCUCAGCUACUGCGAGUCCAUCUCUGUGCAAGCAGUGCACUACCUCCUUCAGAGACUACAUCAUCUGACCCAUCUCUCCCUCACCGGGGUCCCCGCAUUCCGCCGCCCAGAGCUACAGCAGUUCUGCCGCUCUCCUCCGAGGGAGUUCAGCGAUGUCCAGCAGCGCACGUUUUGCGUCUAUUCAGGGAAAGGUGUCACUGAGCUUAGGCGGUAUCUG